AUGCCCUCGUUGAGAGACAAAGCCACACGAUAUUCCUCGAACCGUCACCAUCGAGACACCUUCUUCUACCGCUCCGCCCAUUCCAAGUUACAACACCUCAUCCCCGGCUUCCUGAGGUUCAAGCCGUCCCUCGACAAAUCAACUAUAGACCGUCGUCUGGGCAGCCGGCGAUCGGAUAUGCCUCAGGCUUCGGAAGAGAAAGUCUUUGUCACUCGAAACAAGCCAUCUCGCUCAUCAACUGAACACACUGUAUCUCAUUCACAUACUAACCAAUCUAUUGGCACAUCACGAAAGUCCCGGUCUAAGAAGGACCUGGAGCGCGGUCAGGGCCGUCAAGGUUCUCCUGCCUCCCCAAGCGGCCAAGUCAACUCGUCCCCUCAAGGACACCGCAACCACCUCGCAGACGAGCGCGCAAAGCCCCCCAACGUGCCUCUGUCGCCAGAUGGUGGACGGCGAGCCGCCGCUUCCUCAGACGCCGAGCCCACUACGAAGCUGUCGGCUGCCUAUCUAGACCACUGCAUCAACCAAGAGCUGUCCCGCCGCAAGCAGAUCAUCGUCGACAGUUUAAUGGCUGCUAUCUCGGGAUGCUAUAAACGAAAGCUGGACGCACUCGAGGAAGGGUGCGAUCCUGAACAGGGAUCACACCCUUCAUCGAGUUCCGUUCAGGGCUUCAAGUCCACGUCCCGCUCGUCGGCUGCUGGCCAGAAGAGGUCCAGCCGACAUGGUAGCAGGGACGAGAGCGACAACAGUGAGGAUGAUGACAGUUUCAGAAAGAAGAAGGAUAAGAAGAGGGCAAGGAUCGAAAAGGACGACAACAAGCCGCGCUUCGCAUGUCCCUAUCACCAGUACGACCCCAAGACGUUUGGGGCGAAGCGCACGUGCUGUGGUCCUGGAUGGACAGAGCUGCCUCGGGUAAAGGAACAUCUUGAGCGUGCCCAUAGUCUUCCCAAGUCCCAGUGCAACAGAUGCCUUCGUCGGUUCAAGAAGGACGAGGAGCUCAAGAAGCACCAACGAGAGACUACACCGUGCCCAGUCAAGGACCAAAGCAAGAUCCCUCGAGAUCUCGCAGAUGGAUAUGACGACGAGCAGGCCAAGAAGCUCAAGGCAAGAACCCGAAAGUCUCCAGAGGAAAAGUGGAAGGAGUGGUAUGGUAUCUUAUUCAACUUGUCCCCUGAUGACCCUAGUAUCCCGUCGCCUUACCACGACACUUCCCUGUCUACAGCCAAAGCUUCCACCAUCAACCGGGACAACAUCCCCGAGUACCGCGAGUGGUGGAAGAAGGUCGAGCCCCUCAUCCACGACCACGUAACCAGGGCGGUCGAGAAGGCCCUCAUACACUACGAGCCACAAGUCAAGGACGACGUUAUGGAGAAGCUACAGGAUCUCCCGCAUCAAGUCGCUAGCCAUAUACCUCUCCCGGGCAUGACCUCGGAAGAAACUUCCAACCUGGCGGGGGAGGCGGGCUUCCUCGACUUCCUCGACGACAUCUGCGACAUGGGAUAUGAAGACAUGGUUGGAGGCGUUGAUGGUGGCACGAGCUUCACCAACGACGCCUCUGGUAUGUUUGAAUCUUCAUAUUCGUCUGACUGCUCGGAUCCGUACCAGGCUGGGACCAGCUCUGCCACUUCGGUCGAGGACGACUACCAGAGUUUUGAUGCUAAAACUGGCAUGGCUCCCGAGUCGUUUUACUUGAGCUAUCCAGCAAACAACCUUUGCUAACUUCAUCUUGUCGUUUUCUGAUUAUCUUUACAUUGAUUUAGUGUCACUCUUUUCUCUCACGCAAUUUCCUUCCUGUUGAUGCUCGCUCCUUUGAGAAGCAGCCUUUUCUUUGUUUCAUAUACGUUCUCAUGUACCCUCGUCAAGAGAUCUCAGCUUUGGCUACCAAUAUCUCUUGACGAAAAACGACUGUAUAACUAGACCUCUCGAGACUCUUCGAGUAUGGUCUGUGUACGAAAAAAGUGUGUUUGUUUAGCAGUAUGUACUGCAACUCAUGCCCGACUGUCAUUUACACGAGAUUUUCCUAUGUUUGAAUAAUCAACUAGAAUGGUUCUACCUACGCUAGGAUAU